AUGUUUAUAAUUAAUGUUGCAAAUAACCCAAAGAAUAAUAUUUUGGAUAAAAAUAACUAUCAGACGCAAAUACAUGGAAAAAAUCCUCAAUACCUUAGAAUCUAUGAAUCUAUUUAUUGGAAAGAAUCAUGUUUUGGUUUAACAGCAGUUGUGUUAACUUCGUUUGAUGGUCAAUAUGGUAACCAAAAACCAACAGAAUUUCUAUGUUUAACUCUGAAAUUAUUACAAUCACAACCGAAUAAAGAGAUCAUUAUAGAAUUUAAGAACGAAAAGUAUUUAAGAGCUCUUGGUGCAAGACUUGUUGGAACAUCGCUGGACAUUUAUCAAUAUCUUGAACCAUUGUUAAAUGAUUAUCGAAAGUUGAGAAAACGAACAAUCAAUGGUGGAUUCGCAAUUACACACAUGGACGAAUUAAUAGAUGAACUAUUACGUGAAGAUAGAGUAUGUGAUACCAUAAUGCCACGAAUCAUAAAACGUUAUGUGUUAGAGGAAAAUGGUGAUCUACAACCACGUGAAAGUGCACCAAAAGAUCUUUUAGAUGAAAAGGAGGAUAAUGAUACUAACUCAGAUAGAUGGUAUGAUAGAUACGAACCUAAUUAUCGUAGUAAUAGAAAACAUUCCAUUAGAGAAAAAGAAUAUUCAUCCUCACAUCGUCAUAGUCAUCGUCUUAAGAGUUCUACCAGUAAUAGUCAAUAA